AUGUUUCUGUUGCUCCUGGUGCUCUUCCUGCCGGCGCUGCCGGCCACGGAGACCACGCAACCCGCCAUGUUGCAGGAUGCGUCGAAGCUGCAGCUGGAGGAAUGGAGGAGCUCCGCGGAUUGGAUCGGCGAAGGGAUAUUGAACGCCGUUGACUCUGUGCUUCCUGUGCCGCGGUUUUCCAUAGAAGCUCGCAAGAAGAAGAAGCUGAAGCUGAACAGGUACCUGAUACCUCUGAUCGUCGGGUUCAUGCUGAUCAAGUCGAUUCUCCUGCCGAUCGCGUUGAAGACGCUGGCGAUUUUGAGCGGAAAAGCUGUGGUCCUCAGUUUGAUGAGCCUGAUCCUGGCGGCCAUCGUCGGUUUGAAGAAAGUCGCGCAAAGUAGUCAUUCAGGGGGUGGUUAUGAGCUGGUGAACGUACCUUACGGAAAAUACAGGAGGCAAGACCUGUUCGACAUGACCGACGAUUCCAUGGAGUCGGAGCCGUAUAAAUUUUAUAGAGAACGACGUAAAAGGAAGUGA